UUUGCAAAUAACGCAAAUACUCGUAAUAUAAAACACGAGAAAACACUCAUCCAUCCAGAUCAUCUAAAAAAAUUUCCAAUUCACACUACAAGUUUUCACUCUCAAGUUCACAAUGGCUUUGGCGCCUUUCCAAAGAUCCAAUUCCUCUAUUCGAUCAUCAUCAUCAUUAUCUUCGUCUUCUCAUCCUCUUCAAUGGACAUACGAUGUGUUUUUGAGCUUCAGAGGCGAAGACACUCGCGACAAUUUCCUCAGUCAUCUCUAUAAAGAGUUGAAGCGAAAGGGAAUCAACACCUUCAUAGACGAUAAAGAGCUCCAAAGAGGGAAAAAAAUUUCGCCAGAACUCCUCAAAGCUAUUGACGAAUCAAUGUUUUCGAUUGUCAUCAUAUCGGAAAACUAUGCUUCGUCAAGUUGGUGCUUGGAUGAACUUGUGAGGAUACGUGAAUGCAAUGAUGCGAGGGGGCAAAUCGUUUAUCCAGUUUUUUACCGUGUGGAUCCAUCGGAUGUGCGAAAACAAAAGGGGAAUUUUGGGAAACGAUUUGAUGAAUUGGUUUCCAAGCUUGAGAUGGAGAUGGAGAUGGAGAUGAAGAUGGAGAAGGUUCAAAGUUGGAAGAAAGCUUUGAAGGAGGUAGGCAAUUUAGCAGGUUUCACUUUCCCAAAUCCAGCAUUCGGGUCUGAAUCAAAGCUCAUCGAAGAAAUUGUUGGGAAAAUUUUUGAUUAUUUAAAUGUGUAUUCAAGUGUUGAUGAAGGCCUAGUUGGAAUGGAUUCUCAUAUGGAGGAAGUGAUAAAAUUGCUAGGUUUAGGGAAUGAUGAUGUUCGUAUCGUUGGGAUAUGGGGAAUGGGUGGAAUAGGGAAGACAACUAUUGCUCAAGUUGUUUAUGACCGUAUCUCUUGGCAAUUCGAUGGUUGCUGCUUCAAUGGGAAUGUUAGAGCUGUUUCAAAAGAAUGUGGUAUAAUGUUUCUUCAAGAACAACUCGUUUCUAAAAUCUUGAUAGAGAAAGAUCGAAAAGUAAGCAGCAUCAGUAGUGGAAAAAGUAUGAUAAAGAGAAUUAUAAGUCAUAAAAAGGUUCUCAUUGUUCUCGAUGAUGUGGAUGAAUCGAUAGACUUGGAAAACCUGCUUGGAGAGCAUGAUUGGUUCAGUUCUGGAAGUAAAAUCAUUAUAACAACUAGAGAUUUGCAUGUGUUAAAGGCAUGUGGUGCAACACAUACAUAUAAGGUUCAUGAAUUAAAAAAAGAUGAAGCUGUUAAACUCCUUAUAUCAAAAGCCUUUAGAAAAGACAAGCAAAUAGGAGGUUAUGGAAACCUCCUAGGUCGUGCAGUGGAGUACUGUAAAGGAGUUCCUUUAGCUCUCAAAGUUUUGGGUUCUUUUCUUCAUGAUCGAAAAAAAAUUUACUGGGAAAGUGCUUUAAAAAGAUUAGAACAAAGUCCUCUUCCAAAAGUUGAAGAAGUACUCAAAAUAAGUUACGAUGCAUUGGGUUGGGAAGAUAAGGAAAUAUUCCUAGAUAUUGCAUUUUUUUUCAAACAGAAAUACAUAAAUGAUGUAACAAAAAUCUUAGAAAGUUUUGGCUUCCAACCCACUAUGGCGAUAGAGCUUCUAGUUGAAAAGUCACUGAUAAUUAUUUCACAUGGUAGGCUGUUUAUGCAUGAUUUGAUACAAGAAAUGGGGAGAAAUAUUGUUCGCCAAGAAUCACCUAAAGAGCCUGGACAACGCAGUAGGUUGUGGCUUUAUGAAGAUAUAAAACAUGUACUGAUGAAUGAUACGGGAACAGAAAAGCUGGAAGGCAUAGUUAUGAAGUAUCCUGACCUAGAAAAUCGUGAUCCAAAGGAUUUUGGGUUUCCAGAAGAGUUGAAGUUGAGCGGUAAAGCUUUUGCAAAGAUGACGAGCCUAAGAAUUCUCAUAAUUCGUUCUUUUGUCCUUUCUGAAGACCUCAAAUAUCUUCCUAACAAUUUAAGGUAUCUUGAUUGGCGUCAAUAUCCUUUGAGAUGUUUGCCUUCAGAAUUUCGACCAAUGUGUCUUGUUGAACUUCACAUAACUUUUAGCAACAUUGAACAACUAUGGAUGGGAACAGAGGUUCUACACAACUUAAGGACCUUGAAUCUCAGUUACUCAGAAUAUCUAACCAUGAGCCCAGACUUCAAAAAGUUCCCAAAUCUUGAAAGCCUAUAUCUUGUAGGUUGUGAAAAUUUGGUUAAUCUUCAUCCAUCCAUUGGAUCUCUCAGAAGGCUUGUUGGCAUGAACUUGAGUGGCUGCAAAAAUCUUGAGAGUCUUCCAAGUGGCACUGAAUUGGAGUCUCUUAAAAUUAUUAAUGCAUAUGGCUGUUCAAAGCUAAAGACUUUGGGAAGCUUUGAACAUACCAAAUGUUUACAAAGGCUUGUAUUAGCUGAGUCCAGUAUAUCUGAACUGCCGUUAACAGUUGGACAUCUUACCAAUCUUAAAAGCUUGGUUCUGAGAUGUUGUAAAAACUUGACGAGUGUUCCAAAAAACAUCGGUCAGUUAAAAGCUCUUAAAAGUUUAAUUCUCUCUCGGUGCUCAAAACUUCAGAAACUGCCUGAAGAAGUUAAUGAUCUAGUCAGUUUAUUGGAACUUAAUGUAGCCUACACAAGGAUUACACAACUCCCGUAUUCAAUUUGCCGGCUCUGCUAUUUGACAGUAUUACAUCUAGAGGGGAACAAUUUUGAAAGUUUACCUUCAAGCAUGAGCCAACUUAAAUUGCUGAAGGAGAUAUAUUUGUCCAAUUGCAAAAAGCUUCAAGAAUUGCCAGAGCUUUCUUCAGACAUUAGUGUUAUAGAGGCACGUCAUUGCAAAUCAUUAAGAAAAAUAGCGAGUCCAUUCUUAUACAAAGACAUUCAAAGAUUUGAUUUUUUCAAUUGUGUCAAAUUGGUUGAAAAUAAGGAAAGCAAUAUCCUAACAGAUGAAUUCAUUUCAAAUCUAUUUCAGGGAAGUAUUUCGCGUGAGAUAUACCAAUUUAGAAUUAAAUUUCCUGGAAGUGACAUCCCGAAGUGGUUCAACCAUCAAUUUAAUAGUAAGUCUUCAGUAUGUUUGAAGUUUAAUAGCAGGUGCGUGGGAAUUGCUAUUGCUGUUGUUGCAAUCGGAGUAGAGAAUGUAUUGGAUUUUCUUUGGUUUGAUAUGAGACAUAAGACGGUACGUGUACUCAAUCCACAGAUAGAAUGGGACACAGAUUUCACUUGUAUUAAAUCCAAAAAUGUGGAAGUGAUCUACGUGACACGCGGAAAUGUAUUAUUUGAUUCAGCGGUGGAGAAUUUAAAUGAGGGUGAAGAAUUUAAAGUUGAAUGGGAUUUUUGUGAAGAAAUUGAAGUUGAAUGGAAUUCUCGGGAAACUGUUGUUCAAAAAUGUGGGGUUCGUUGGGUUUGCAAAGAAGAUUUUGAAAGGAAUGAUCAUCAAGCAUCCCAAGAUGACAAUUUGAUUGUGGUGUCCCAAGGAGUUGAAAACGCUAAUAAUGCUCCGUUAAAGAGAAGACCUAGUGGAAGUGGCGACUUUCAGGAAGAGGACUGUCCCAAUAUCAAAAGGCCUAGGCUUGCCCAACCUAACAGAGUGGAACAAGUGGGAGCAUGGAAGAAGAGGAAGUCACCUAAAAGAAAGAAGAUGAAGGUGACGUGGUUUGUACGUGACAAAAACUGGGUCAGGAAAUCAGCUUUUUAGGGAUAAAUUUAUUCUAUACCUAAAAGUAUAAUAUUUGUUGGGAAAAACUUUAGAUCUGAUUCAUUAGUAUGUAAUAUCUUGAUUGUAUAUCAUAAACUGAUAGAGAUUUCAAAAGUAUCAUUUUCAAUUUAUAAGGCUAGUGUCAUGAACAUUGUUUGUAGCAUUCAACUAUUCAAUGAAUAGAUUGUAAUUGGAGUUA